AUGAUCAUCAUUGGGAGGAUUGUCGCUAAUCGAGAAUAUUACACAAAAGGGCUUUUUGGAUGUGUAGAUUCAGGAUUUUGGUCAACGCAGUCAAAUGUUAUAUUCGUUCCAUCGUCAAGUCGCAUAAACUCACAAAACAUUGCAAAUCCAUGUCGAAUUUUGACUUUAACAAGAACGCUGAAUUUCAUCAUUCCUAAUUUUGAAAAUGGUAAAAUCACAAGCAUUUACAAAGGUGACAUAUUGAGUAAGAGCUGCACUAUAACGAGCUUCACAUAUGACACUAGUAAAUUAUUCAGCAAUAAGUUAAAUGAUAUGCAAGGCUACACAUACACUGCAAUUGGUAAUAAAGCUGAUAAAUUGUUAUUACCGGAAAUUCAACUUAUGGACACAAUUGCAACGGCACAAAAUGCUCGAUUAAAUGUAAGUUUACGGGAAAUAUCAAGAAUUAAAAAUUUUAGACUAGAAAUUGCACGAGCGAUGGUUGACAUGUUCCUAAAUAUUGAAAAUUUCGCAACAUUAAUCAACAGUAAUAUUCAUCUCAAGAAAGUAAAUACUUUUGAAGUAAAUGGAUAUUGUGCAUUGGUGCCUAUUGCUGACGAUUCUAUGGACUUCUUUCAAGUGACAGUUCAUCCUUUUAAACGAGAAGUGUGGAUGUAUUUAUUUUUAUCGACUCUGACAGCCGCUUUGAUUUGGAACUUGUAUAAGAAACUCUCCAGACAUCGAACACAAAUAAAAGGCUGCAUUACAGGUGAUAUCAUUUCUGCUUUCUUUCAACAGUCUGUAAACACUCGAAAAGGUCCAUUUGGACUCAAAGUCAUGAUUCAAGCAUUUGUUUUCAUGAUGAUGAUCAUCGGAUAUGUUUAUCAAGGCACAAUUACUUCUGCCUUAAUGGAUUAUCGCAAUCAUAAUAAGUUCUCAAGUGUUAAGGAGCUUUUUUAUAAGGAAUAUGAAUUAUUUGUUGACGUGCUGUUUAUGCAAAGAAUAAAUAGCUCAUGUACAUAUAGAGAUAAUAUCCACAAGAUCAAAUCUAUUGGCGACGGAUUAACAGGAGCAAGUUACAAUCGGAAAUUUCAAGAAGCUAUGACUACAAAGCCGAAAAAUGUCUUAAUUGUUAGAUGCGACACAGUUCCUGAUCUUCUGAAUACUGAUAUUGAUCAUGAUGUUAAAGCACGUGAUGUUUACUAUGAAUUCCCAGAAAUGAAGUUCACUUACUACAAAAGUAUUUUACUGACACGUCGAACUCCAUUUUAUGAGAAGUUGAGUGAAUUAUCAUUGAGGAUUCAGGAGUCAGGAAUCAAGCAACAUUGGAAAAUGCUAAGAAAAAGUUCAAAAAGGUCUCAGAAACUGGAGAGUGAUGAAGACUCGAUGUUAAAUCUAAAAGCAAUUAAACCAGUCUUACACUUACAUUUCCAUGGGCUUUUAAUUGCUGGAUAUACUUUCCUAAUUGAGGUUUUAUGGACCAAAUAUAUUAAAAGUUACUUCAGACUUGUUUAUCAGCGUUGGAUCAAGAAGUGCUUGAGUGCUGUUCACAAAUAUCGAAAUCGUAAAGUUAAUCCAAGCUGCUACAAUAUCUCUAUUGCGAUUGAUCCUUAUCACAUGGAAAUCUUCAAAUUCGUCAAACAUGUCAUCAAAGAUUGGAAUCAAAAACAUAAAAAUGGUAUCAACGACAUAAGCAUCAUAAACUUGGACAACGACACGUCACUUUAUAAUAUUGUGAGGGAAGCUAUACCAAAGGAAAAUCCAAUAUUGCUCCCAGAUUGCAAGAGCUUAAAUAAUACAAGUUUUUCAAAUACUAAGGAAAGCUCGAUAUUUGUUGUUAUUUCGAAGGUUUCAUCAAGUUUGGAACACUAUGUAACUGGGCUUCAUGGAUGCAUCUCCUCCGGCUUCUGGACACCUCUUACGAAUGUUUUGAUCAUUCCUCCAGAAAACAUAACAAAUGCAAAUGAAAUUGCUUACCCAAGACAUGUCCUGAUUAACCUUAGAUCGCUAAAUUUUAUCAUUCCUUUCGCAAAAGAAGGCAAGAUCGAGGAACUGUAUUCUGCUGAUACAUUAAACAAAAAGCCUCUCAAAAUUAAGUCAUCAUACAACACAACCGAAUAUUUUGGUGACAAACUCAAGGACCUAGAGAGAUAUACGUACACGUUGACAGUCGGUUAUACUGAAAAGGGUUCAAUUCAUCCGGAAAUUGAUAUGUUAAUAACAAUUGCAAAGAAACAAAAUGCAAUGUUGUAUGCAAAAUUCUCAAACAUCACAAAUUUAAAAGAUUUUCGACAGGACAUAGUAAAGGGAAAGGUUGAUAUGUUUUUGAAUAUUGGUUAUCAUUCUGGGACACUAAGCAGUAUUCAUCAACUUAAAACUGUUUAUACAUACGAAAUUAAUGGUUAUUGUGCACUAGUUCCUAUUGUUAAGAUUCAUGAAAUUCUGUUGAGAUUUAUUGUCAAGCCAUUUAGCAGUCAAGUUUGGUAUUUAGUUUUUCUGUACAUUGCAAUCGGUGCAACUGUUUGGCAAUUAAGUACAAGCAAAUGUGACCGUAAAUUAUCUGGACUUCUACAUUUUAUAAUUGACCUAGCAUCGGUUUUCUUACAGCAGUCGAUUAAAAUUCGUAAUGGUCGACUUGUUGUAAAGCUCAUGCUGCAGAUCUUCAUAUUCAUGAUGAUUGUUCUCGGAAAUGUGUAUCAAGGUGUCAUAACAUCCAUUUUAAUGGAUAUACGCAAGUAUAAUGAACUAACAAGCAUGCAAGAAUUAAUCAGUACGGAUUUUGAGUUCUAUGGUGAUCAGCUAUUGCUCCAAAUUAUGAACGAGUCUGAUUCAAUCUGGAAUACUGCUAAGAAGACAAACACAUUGAAAAUUUGGCUCCAAAAUUUAGAUUACAUUAAGCAGUUCCAAAAGCUUAUGACUGUCGAUCCAAAUAAUAUUCUUAUUGUUGGAUGUGAUACAGUAGAUCAGCUUCUUGAGACCCAAAUAGACGAAUGGACUAAAGGAUAUGAUGUCUAUUACCAAUUUCAUCAGAAAAUACUUUCGUACUAUGAGCAUAUUUUGCUAACCAGACGCAGUCCAUUCUAUGAAAAACUAGGCACACUGUCAUUGAGAAUUCAUGAGUCAGGAAUCAAGCAGUAUUGGAAUAUGCAAGCGGAACUGAAUAAUGGUGUGCCUUUGGAUGAUGAAAAUGAAGCAUCAAUGCUUAAAUUAAAAGAAAUGAUUCCUAUUUUUCAGCAUGACUACGCAAAUCAGCUUCUAGGAUGUGUUGACUCUAGCUUUUGGACACCUCAAACGAAUGUUCUUGUCAUCCCGUUUGGAAAUGUCGUGAACAUGAAUGAAAUUGUAUUUCCCAAUGAACUUUUAAAAGUUUCAAAGACACUAAAUUACAUCAUUCCGUAUGUUCGAGAUGGGAAGAUUUUUGCACUGUACAAAGGUAAUAUUCUGAGUCAUGAUAAGGCUCCAGACACAAUUGAUGUAUCAACUGACAUAGAUGUGCUAUUUGAUGAUAAACUCUUAGACAUGAAAGGAUAUCCAUACACAGUUCUAGUUAAUCAAAAUGAUAAUGAAUCGGCUAUUGUAGAUGAUAAACAUUCGAUGACGGCCAUGAAGCUUUUAGAGGUAAUAGCUGAAAAACAAAAUGCUAAAGUUCAGGUAAAUGUAUCAGACAUAAAGUCAAUUGAAGAAAUUGAAUAUGAAAUAACACAAGGAAAAAUUGAUAUUGUUCUGAAUCUUGGAUACUACUCUGGACUUCUCUAUAAGGAAUAUUUUCUUAAAACAGUCAACACUUAUGAGACAAAUGGUUAUUGUGCUCUAGUUCCAAUUCCAUAUGCUCAUAAGAAAUACUUUCGAUUCGUUUUAUAUCCACUAAGUCCCGCUGUGUGGUUCAUGAUGGUUUUAUCAGUUACUUUUGGUGCUUUAGUAUGGCAUGGAUUUCGAAAGUUAUCACACGAAAACAUAGUUCCUGGACAUUACUUGAUAUAUGACGUGUUUUCAGUUUUCAUUCAGCAAUCGAUAAACAUUCGGAAGGGACGAACAAUUUUAAGACUUAUGCUGCAGUUUCUCAUUUUCAUGAUGAUUAUUCUUGCCAAUUUAUACCAAGGCAUGAUGACUUCAAUCUUAACAAGUCCUGGUAGUUCCCAGAAAAUUAAAAACAUUCAAGAAUUACUGACAAAGGAUUAUGAGUUAUAUGGAGAUAAUUUAUUUCUUCAAAUAAUGAACGUGUCAGAUGCGAACAGGAACAUCAUAGAAAGGACGAAACCUCUUCAGACGUGGCUGCAUAGUUCAAAUUAUAUUAAGCAGUUUCAAGAUGUUAUGACUAUAAAUCCAAAUAAUGUUCUUAUCGUUGGAUGUGAUUUGAUAACAAAACUACUCGAAACUCAAAUAGACCAAUGGACUAAAGGAUAUGAUGUCUACUACCAAUUUCAUCAGAGACUAUUGUCGUACUAUGAAAAUAUUUUGUUGACCAGACGAAGUCCAUUCUAUGAAAAACUAUGUGAAAUGUCUUUGAAAAUACAUGAAUCAGGAAUUAAACAGCAUUGGAACCUAUUAAUGAAUAAAGCUGGAACUGAACCACUAAUAAAUGCAUCAAUGCUUGGGAUAAAGGAAUUGUUGUCUGUAUUUCGAGUGUACUACUAUGCAAUGUCUACAGCGUGUUUUAUCUUUCUGCUUGAGUUACCAAAACAUUAUUUCCUUAUAAUUUACAAACGAGUGAUCAAGAAGUGCAUGCGACGUGUCCAAAAAUAUCGAAUUCGUAAGGUUGUACCAAGACAACAAAGAACGGUUGAAAAUUAA